GCGCGUCCCGCACUAGGCUCGCCAUGGCGAUGGGCAGCGGGGGCAGCGGCGGCGGCGGCAGCGGCGGUGGUGUGGUCCCGGAGCAGGAGGACUCGGUGCUGUUCCGGCGAGGUACAGGCCAGAGUGAUGAUUCUGACAUUUGGGAUGAUACAGCAUUGAUAAAAGCUUAUGAUAAAGCUGUGGCUUCAUUUAAGUGGAAAGUUGGUGACAGAUGUUCUGCCAUUUGGUCAGAAGAUGGUUGCAUUUACCCAGCUACCAUUGCCUCAGUUGAUUUUAAGAGAGAAACCUGUGUUGUGGUUUACACUGGAUAUGGAAAUAGAGAGGAGCAAAAUCUGUCUGAUCUACGUUCCCCAACCUCUGAAGUAACUAAUAACAUAGAACAGAAUGCUCAAGAGAAUGAAAAUGAAAGUCAAGUUUCAACAGAUGAAAGUGAGACCUCCAGGUCUCCUGGAAAUAAAUCAAAUAACAUCAAGUCAAAAACUACUCCAUGGAACUCUUUUCUCCCUCCGCCUCCCCCCAUGCCAGGAUCAGGACUGGGCCUAGGAAAGCCAGGUUUAAAAUUCAAUGGCCCACCGCCGCCACCACCACCACCACCACCACCACCGCCCCACUUCCUUUCAUGCUGGCUGCCUCCAUUUCCUUCUGCACCACCAAUAAUUCCCCCACCACCUCCCAUAUGUCCAGAUUCUCUUGAUGAUACUGAUGCUUUGGGAAGUAUGUUAAUCUCUUGGUACAUGAGUGGCUAUCAUACUGGCUACUAUAUGGUAAGUAGUCACUCAGCAUAUUUUCCUGACAAUUUCUUUUUUAUUUUUUGGGACAAAUCACAGGAUAAAUUUCUGGAUUAUAACUAUUUGAUGAAAGAUUAUGAAUGUUAUGAUUCUAGGUAG